AAGUAAGUAAAAGUGUAAAACAUGCAAAAAUAACAAACCCCAGCCAGUGAAAAAUAAAAAGUAAAAUACCCCAGGCCAGUAAAAAACAAAAUGCAUGCUAAAUUCAACUAUUUACGUGCCAAGCUCUGCAGCAUGCAUAAGCUUGGGGUUUUCUUGUUCCUCGCCAUAUCCUUAUUUACUAUUCCGCCGCCGCCCCAAGUGGCGGCAGACUAUGUGCCGCCACCGGCGAACCUCGUGGUUGGGAGCGGGCCCGGAAACAUCCGGACCAUAACGGAGGCCAUCGCCAUUGCGAUCCAAAAGAGGGUUUGGCGCCGGAGGUUUGUUAUUAAAAUAACGGCCGGAGUUUACAACGAGAGCGUCUUUGUCGACAACCGCCUCCCACGCCUCACUUUGGUAGGAGACGGAAAGGGCGUGACUAUAAUCACCGGCCAACGGAGCGUCAAUGGCGUUGGCGGGUCCACAUUCGACACCGCAACCUUUGGUGUUGAUGCCAAUGGGUUUAUAGCGAGUGGCAUAACAUUUCGGAACACCGCCGGUCCAGGCAAUGGACAAGCGGUGGCUCUUCGGGUAAGCGGGGACCGGGCAGUGUUCUACGAGUGCUCCAUUGAAGGCUACCAAGACACUCUCUACGUCUACGAAGGGCGACAGUUCUACAAAAACUGCGACAUCCACGGCACGGUCGACUUCAUCUUCGGGAACGCCAAGGCGGUCUUCCAAGACUGCAAUAUCUACGCGAGGAAGCCCGGCAAUGACGGGGCCGUCGUGAUCACGGCGUCGAAGCGCGAGGGGCCCACGGAGGAGACCGGGAUCGUGAUACAGAGCUCGCGGGUGGUGCCAGAUCCGGCGUCGAACCUCAGGGGGACGGUCGGAUACCUGGGGAGGCCGUGGGGGGUGUACUCACGCGCCGUUUUCAUGGAGACGGUGAUCGAUUCCUUCAUAGAUCCGUCCGGGUGGACGUGGUGGGACGGCAAGCAGCCGUCUUUCCAGAGUACUGUAUACUAUGCAGAGUAUGGGAACACGGGGCCCGGUUCGGGGACGGCAAGGAGGGUGAAGUGGGGUGGGGUCCACCAGCUCAUGACACCGGCGGAAGCCAUGCCGUUCACCGUCGGCGUGUUUAUUGACGGCAACUCAUGGUUGCCGUCCUCCGGCGUGCCUUACAAAUCCGGUCUCUAAUCUAAUCAAUCAUCACCGGUGGCAAUUUUUUUUUCCUUUUCUUUUUUACUUAUACAAAAUAGUCAUACAUUAGCUUCUUAAUUAUUUCUUAUAAUCCGAGAAUAAAGAGAAAUAGAUUAG